AUGCGUUUAGUUACUUUGGGGCUGCAGCAGCGCCAGCAGCAGCAGCAGCAGCAGCAACAGCAGCAGCAGCAGCAGCGGCAACCGCAGCAGCAGGGAAGUGGAGAGCUCUUGCGGCUGCAUGCACAGCUGCUGCAGCUGCUGCUGCUGCAGCAGCUAGCAGCAGCAGCAUUCUGCCCUGACAUCUGCUGCUCCCCGCUGCAGCGCCAACGCUUUGCUGCUGCUAUACUCGAAGACAGUCCGCUCGUGCUGCAGCUUCUGAAGGAUGGUCUGUGGAGCCGCUGUGCAGCAACAGCAGCAGCAGCAGCAGCAGCAGCAACAGCAGCAGCAGCAGCAACUGGCGCAGCAGAUGCUGCUGCUCCCAAGCCUCCUCAAGAGUGUGUAGAACCAAAACCAGAGGAGGUCCUCACCGCAAAAGCAGGAUACAGUGAGAGGCUGCAGCAGCAGCAGCAGCAGCAACAGCAGCAACAGCAGCAGCAGCAGCAACAGCAGCAGCAGCAGCAGUAG